GUAACAACGAUUAUAAUAUAAUUUUAAUAGUCAAUUAUAAAUUAAAUUGAAAAAAAAAAAAAAAAAUUGCAAAAAUGUGUGCUUCAGCUUCACUAGAUAAUAAUAAUGGUUCAUCUUCGCAUUCAAAUUCGGAAAGUGUUGAGUUAAAUGAAGACAAUGCUGAUGAAAACAUACCAAUACCAGCCAUAACAUCUCCAGAAGAAAUUCUCGAGCAUUAUGGUCCAAAUUUUAAAUUAUUGCAAUGCAAUGCACAAGUUGGUGAACUUUUAACCAUAAUAAGGGAUAAAAACACUUCACGUAGCGAUUUUAAGUUUUAUGCAGAUCGCUUAAUACGUCUAGUCAUUGAAGAGUCAUUAAAUCAAUUGCCCUACUCGGAUUGUAGCGUAGAAACUCCCACCGGUGCCAUAUAUGAUGGCUUAAAAUAUCAGUCUGGUAAUUGUGGUGUUUCAAUUAUACGAUCGGGCGAGGCAAUGGAACAAGGUUUGCGCGAUUGCUGUCGUUCGAUAAGAAUUGGUAAAAUUUUAGUAGAAUCUGAUUCGGAUACGCACGUAGCUCGUGUAGUCUAUGCUCGCUUUCCCGAUGACAUAGCUCGACGACAAAUAUUACUCAUGUAUCCUAUAAUGUCCACCGGUAAUACGGUAUUACAGGCUGUUAAUGUUCUUAAAGAACAUGGUGUUCCCGAGAGUAGUAUAAUCUUAUCAAAUCUUUUUUGUACACCCAUGGCGGCUAAAUGCGUUGUUAGCGCUUUUCCUCGCUUAAAAAUUUUAACCUCAGAGCUGCAUCCAGUGGCUCCUAAUCAUUUUGGACAAAAGUAUUUUGGCACUGAUUAAAAACUCAUCAAUAUAUUAUUAUAAAUGAUAAACGCACGACAUACACUUAUACUAACUACUAUUUACUAUAUAAGAUAAAACAAAAACAAGAAUACAUACCUAUAUUAAAGGAACUUUAUAGCUUAAGCUGCAAUUUACUAGAAUUUAUUUUUUUUUUUCUUCAUAUUGUAAUGUUCAUUUCCGUUCACACCUUUUUUGCCAAACUUUUUUGUAUAUACUACAUAAUUUAUUUAUUAUUGGAUAAUUAUUUUUAAAAUUUUAUAAACAAAACCAAAUAAAGUUUUAGUUGGAAAAUAGGCGGAAAAAUAGUUUUUGGGUGCAUUUUGAAGUCUUAAAGGAAAUAAUUUCAAUAUUUGAAAUAUUAUAUUACAUGCAGUCAAAAUAAUAUUUGAGAAUUUGAGUUUUGAUGGCGAAAAUAAAUUGUAUUGUUAAAAAAUUAAGUUUAAAAUUUUAAUAUAUUUGGAAGAAGGUUUAAAAUAAACAACCAGAAGGAAUUUAUUUUUUUUAAUAAUUUUCUAAUAUCUAUGUCUAAUCCAAAUUUGUUGGAAAAGUCUGGAAUUCAAUUUUGUCGCUUACAGUUCAUCGUUCACAUUAUAUUUCUGUCUAAUUUAAAAAUAAAAUAUUUAUGAAUCUCCCUGUUGCGUUUUUGAACGUUUUGUUUAUUUUUUUUUUGUAAUAUUCCUCACGUUUACUCUCACUCCCUCUCUUUCACGCAUAAAAAUUUAAGUAUGACAGACGAAUAGAUUAGACAAAGUACGGUAUAACAACAAACAAUAACAUGUUUGAGGUUGUGUGUGAACAUAAAAUAGAAAAAGAACAAGCAGCAAAAACAACAGCAGCACUUAUGAAAAAAAUCCAAAAUGGUUCACGACGUGUUUGAGUUGAUGACGAACUAAUAACAAAAAUAUGAAAAUAAUUUAAUAAAAAGUGAAAAAUUAAACUAAAUUAUCCAAAAACAUUAAAAAUAAACAACACAAACAAUAAAACAGUUGUUAAUAAUUAUUUAAACAACUUGCUAGAAGUGUGUAAUGCUUUUUCACUGGUAAGAGGGUAAAGAAAAAAAUUCUGGCGUCUAGGUAUAUUUUGUUGUAUGUGAAGAAGUGUGAAGCUGCCCUGGUAUAGAGCAAACAAGAAAAA